AGGAGUGAGGAGAUAAAUAGUUUACCUUGAAAGGGACAUAAUAUGGAGAGGAAAGAAAGUACAUGAAUGAAGCAUAUAAGCUUAUACGGCUGAAAAAAGUUGCAAAAAGCAAAAAGAAAAGCAAUUAUAAACCACCACUCUUUCUCUUUUAAUUUCUUCACUUCAUGAUCUCUAUGAUCUUCAUCAUUUUAUAAGCUUCAAAUAAAUAAGUUAUCAUCAACAAUAUUUCUCUCUUUGUGAUUUAUUUUUUCUCUUGUUUCUCUCAAUUGGAGAGAAAAAGAGAGAUUAAGGGUGUUCAUCAAUGAGCUUGCAAUUCAAUCUAUGAUAUUGGAUUAACAUAUAUAUUAAGGUCUAUAUAUAAAAAUAUAUCUCAUAUAAUUUUCACAAUACAAACACAACAAACCAAACCAGAUCAAUUUUUCUUUAGGAGCCUUCCAAAAACAAUGCAUUCGUAAAACAUACCAAUCUUCUUGUAGAAGGUAAAUCAUCGACCACAGGGUUGGAAGAAUAGAAGAUCUUCUUAGUGGAGUGGAGCACAUUCUUCAAUUUAUAUGAUCCAUUAAUCAUAUUCUUGCAUAGUGGUGUAACAUUUUUUAGUGGAAGAAAAAGAUGGAACCAAGAGAAAGCAACAACAUUAAUAGUAACCAACAAGGUUGUGGACUAAAGGAUUCUUCAUGGUGUUGUCAAUUCAAAAAUGCAUCAAAUCCUUUGAUGGCAAGAUAUGUCUAUGGCUUGAUUUUUCUAGCUGCUAAUAUGUUGGCUUGGGCUACACGUGAUGAACUUUCUAGUAUUAGUGCAUUGACUGAACUCAAGGGUUUUAAAGCAUGCAAAGUUGGAAAAGACUGUUUGGGAGCACAUGGUGUUUUGAGAGUUAGCAUGGGUUGCUUUCUAUUUUUUAUGAUGAUGUUUUGGUCAACUACAAGGACUUCUAAAUUGAAUGAACCAAGAGAUAGAUGGCAUUCUGGAUGGUGGGCAACAAAGAUUGUUCUAUGGAUUAUACUCACAAUCUUUACAUUUUUACUCCCUUCUGAACUGAUUGAUCUCUAUGGGGAAGUUGCACAUUUUGGAGCAGGGGUUUUCCUCCUAAUUCAACUAGUAAGCAUAAUCAGCUUCAUUACUUGGCUAAAUGAUUGUUUUGCAUCAGAAAAAUAUGCAGAAAGAUGCCAAAUCCAUGUGAUGGUAUUUGCAACAGGUUCAUAUUUUAUCUGUUUGGUUGGGAUAAUUUUGAUGUACAUUUGGUAUGCACCAAUACCAUCAUGCCUCCUCAACAUAUUUUUCAUCACUUGGACUUUAGUACUUCUCCAAAUCAUGACAAGUGUAUCUCUUCACCCAAAAGUAAAUGGUGGCAUUUUAAGUCCAGGAUUGAUGGGGCUAUAUGUUGUCUUCCUUUGUUGGUGUGCAAUUAGAAGUGAACCAGAAGGAGAUCAAUGCAUCAGGACAUCAGGCACUGUAACCAAAACAGACUGGCAAAACAUCAUUAGCUUUGUUAUUGGAAUACUAGCAAUAGUUAUUGCAACAUUUUCAACAGGCAUAGAUUCUAAAUGCUUUCAGCUAAGGAAGGGUGAUAAACCAGCAGAAGAAGAUGAUGUUCCAUAUGGAUAUGGUUUUUUCCAUUUUGUUUUUGCCACAGGAGCUAUGUACUUUGCAAUGCUUUUGAUUGGAUGGAAUACUCAUCAUUCAAUGAGAAAAUGGUCACUUGAUGUGGGCUGGACCAGUGCUUGGGUCAGAAUAGUAAAUGAAUGGUUGGCAGUCUGUGUAUACUUAUGGAUGCUGAUAGCUCCAAUUAUAUGGAAAGCAAGACAAACUGAAUCUACAUGAGAACUCCAUCGCCAUGUUAUUUUGGUUUGAUAUUGUGAGGAUUAAGAUCUUCAAAUCGACCCCAUUAUGCUCUUACUAUGUAAUGGACUCAUCCAAUUUUGAUCUAUCAAAUAUAAAUUUUAGUCAGAAGCAAUUAGAUUCUAGCACAAAUGCACACAUACUGUUGAAUUUGUUCUGUGAAGUUACACUCCUCUCAUUUCAUCCAAAGGAUGGUACACAGAAAUAUACACCAUUUAGGCAUUUACAUGUUCAUGUAUCCGUGGACGUUACUUACAAAUUAGAUGGAAGAAAUUAUAAAUGUCGUUAGUAUUUUUUCAAUUUAUCAGUUCAAUGCAUUGGGUUCUUGUAGAA